AAGAGGAGGAGGAGAUGCUCUUCGCUUGUGUCACCAGAUCCUGCAAAUCGUCGUUCGUCGCCGUACCCCAAGUUGAGGUCCCCUCUUCAAUUUUACAGAAGCGACGAUGCCCUGGACCAGACCCCAGGUGGAACUCCAGUCAUCCGUGGCUGCAGACACUGCGGGCGUCGGCAUCGUGGACCACCACUACGAGGGUUCUCUGUUCCCCACAUCCACUCUCAUCCCCGUGACGGUCAUCUGCGUGGCCAUCUUGGUGGUGGGUGUGGCAGGCAACACCAUGACCAUCCUCAUCAUCCAGCACUUCAAGGACAUGAAGACCACCACCAACCUGUACCUGUCCAGCAUGGCCGUUUCCGACCUGCUCAUCUUCCUGUGCCUGCCCUUCGACCUCUACCGCCUGUGGAAAUACGUGCCGUGGCUGUUCGGCGAGGCCGUGUGCCUGCUCUACCACUACGUGUUCGAGGGGUGCACGUCGGCCACCAUUUUGCACAUCGCCGCCUUGAGCGUGGAGCGCUACCUGGCCAUCAGCUUCCCGCUGCGUACCAAGGUUCUGGUGACCAAACGGCGUGUCCAGUACAUCAUCGCCGCCCUGUGGGGUUUCGCUCUGGCCUCGUCCACGCCCACCCUCUUCCUGGUAGGCGUGGAGUACGACAACCACACGGCGGCGCGGGGCGGCGGCCAGUGCAAGCACACGGACGGCGCCAUCCACUCGGGGCGGCUGCACAUCAUGCUGUGGGUGUCCACCGCGUACUUCGUGUGCCCCAUGCUGUGCCUCGUCUUCCUCUACGGCUCCAUCGGGCUCAAGCUGUGGAAGAGCAAGAGCGACGUGAGGGGACCUAGCGCGCUCGCCAGGGAACGCUCGCACAGGCAGACUGUCAAGAUCCUCGUGGUGGUGGUGUUGGCCUUCAUCAUCUGCUGGCUUCCCUACCACAUCGGCCGCAACCUCUUUGCCCAGGUGGACGACUACGACACGGCCAUGCUGAGCCAGAACUUCAACAUGGCCUCCAUGGUGCUGUGCUACCUGAGCGCCUCCAUCAACCCGGUCGUCUACAACCUGAUGUCGCGCAAGUACCGCUCCGCCGCCAAGCGCCUCUUCCUGCUGCACCAGCGGCCCGGACCCCGAGAAUACAACCGCCGCCUCCACCACGGUCGCCAGAGCCAGCUGAGCACCGUGGACCCCAUCGAGAACCUGACGGGGUCCACCGCUGAACGUCUUCACCUCGCCGCCAUCGAGCGUUGAAAGAAAUGUCAAAGGGAAGUCCGCAAGAGAAAGUUUGCCACUUAACCGAGAUUAAUUGUUUAAAAAAAAUGCUGCUGAAA